UGCUGGUAGAAAAUACCAGCGUACCUAUUACAACAUAUGAUUUAGGAAAUAAAGAACGGAUAACUAUUGAAACAAUAGUUUGAAACGAAACAUUAUUUAAGCAAAGAAAAAAGAAAUUUCCCUCAAAAAAAUACUGAAUAAGUUCAAAACAUGUCCUACUUUUCAGGUAGCAGUAGAGAUAAACCUAUGGCGAGACAGCAGUGACAACAACUUUCUGAAAUCUCUACCAAUAGCAGAGAUACUGGAGUGUAUUGGUUUUGUGAGCAUACUCCUGGUGGAGAGUAUGGUGGACUCCCAUGGGCAUGGCCACAGUCACGGCCAGCCAUUAACAGACGCAAAUGGGAACAAGGAAGAAACUGUAUCAUUAAAAGAGAUGGGUGAGACGUCUUCUUUGAGGAUAAGCUCUGUCAAUCCCCCACCUGUAGCACAGCCCAAGAAAAAAAGCGUAGGAGUGUUGAUAUUCGCACUAGCUGUUCACUCUGUAUUCGAAGGACUAGCUAUUGGCGUGGAAGCAAAAACGAUGACCUUCAUCCAACUUGCUGGAGCAAUACUUAUACACAAAUGUGUGGUGGCGUUUGCUGUGGGAACCCGGCUUAUAGACGCUGAGUUUUCUAAAAAUUAUGCUUUAUAGGUCCACACAUGAGA